CACCCGCGUGCGCCGGAAGUCUGCAGUUUUCUGGCCUCCGUCGCUCAGUUUCCCCACUCUCGGCGCCGCACAGACCCCGCACUCAGCAGCCAUGGCCGAUGUCCUGGAUCUACACGAGGCCGGAGGCGAAGACUUCGCCAUGGACGAGGAUGGUGACGAGAGCAUCCACAAGCUGAAGGAGAAGGCGAAGAAGAGGAAGGGCAGAGGCUUCGGGGCAGAGGAGGGCUCCCGGGCCCGGAUCAGAGAGGACUAUGACAGUGUGGAGCAGGACGGGGAUGAGCCCGGACCUCAGAGAUCGGUCGAGGGCUGGAUCCUGUUUGUCACCGGAGUCCACGAGGAGGCCACGGAGGAGGACAUCCACGAUAAAUUUGGGGAAUUCGGGGAGAUCAAGAACGUCCACUUGAACCUGGACCGGAGGACGGGGUACCUGAAGGGUUACGCGCUGGUGGAGUACGAGACUUACAAAGAAGCCCUGGCCGCUAUGGACGGACUGAACGGACAGGACAUGAUGGGGCAGCCGAUUAAUGUGGACUGGGGCUUCGUCCGGGGACCCCCAAAAGGAAAGAGACGAAGUGGUCGCAGGAGGAGCCGGAGCCCGGACAGGAGGAGGCGCUAGAUCUCUCCCCGAUCCCCGGCUGAUGGUUUUUGUUUUUUUCCCGCUUUUUUAUUGUAUAAUUUCUUAGUUAAUUUUGCAGUUUUAAACAUUGAGGUGAUUUUUGUUUUGCGCUCCUCGUUUCCUGGGUCAUGUGGUCCAUGUGGACCUGAUGGGUAGAUACCACAGAGGCCAGAGCGGCAGUCAGGACUCUCCUUGUAAGGUGGUCGGCCUGCGGGGGGCGCCGUGUGACCAUGAAGACUCCUUACUUAUUCUCCUUAUUAUGAUGGAACGUUCUGUACAUUGUCUUCCGAAUAAAGUCUUUUAAGUUACAUUG